AUGUCUAGCUCAAACCAUGUUACUGCUUUACUUGCAAAUGAGAAACUUACUGGUGAUAAUUUUAUGAAAUGGAAAUCAAACAUGAACAUUGUGUUGAUUUUUGAGAACUACAAGUUUUUCUUUACUGAGGAAUGUCCUGAGGUCCAUGUUGUCACUACUCCCAAAAUUGCUUGGGAGAACUAUGAUGCUUGGAUUAUGUCCAAAAAUAAGGCUAAAUGCUACAUGCUUGCUAGUAUGUGGGAUGUACUCAGAAAGAAUCUUGAAGACAUGGAAACUACAUAUGAGAUAUGGGAGUCUCUUCAAGCCAUGUUUGGACUGUUGUCCGAUCAAUGCAGACAUGAGGAUACUAGAGCCUAUAUGAACAUGAGAAUGAAGAAAGGAGUUUCUGUUAGAGAACAUGUUUUAAACAUGAUCAAUACCAUGCAUGAUGUAGAAGUUCAUGGAGCAACUAUUGAUGAGAGAACUCAAGUUAGCCUGAUACUUGAAUCACUCACACUAGCUUUUUCCACAUUAACUACCAGCUAUGUUAUGAACAAGUUGGAGUAUAAUAUGACUCAACUGUUAAAUGAGUUGCAGACUUCUAAAAUCACUCAAUAA